UAAUCUUUUCAAAUUUUCAAGUCUCUAGUAAGGAUGUCGAACUGACCUAUUGAAGUCAAACAGGUCGAGGACUGGGCGAGAGCGGCGGCACUCAAUUUCUCGGAUGACCACAGCUAGGGGUCCUUUUUUAUCUGUAUCAGUACCACGAUUCUAGUUGUCAUAUUCAGAUAAUGUCAUGUUGCCUUAAACUCGAUGAUAGCAUUGAUGACCCGACAACAUGGACGACAUGAAAAUAAGACGAGACUGCACUGCACUAUAUAUAGGAAAUUUCUGACCAGAAGCAGCCAUUUACCACGCCCUCGAUUCAGACUCUGAAAGGGUAGCAUACGAUGAUACGCUGUGAUACCCCCCUCUCCUCAUUCUGCCUUUUCCGACCGCCCUGCAGCCGACAGUUUGUCUACUGAAUGAAGCCUUGUAUCAUUAUUAGGCGCUCUGGAUAAGUAUGUACCGUAUUUUUUCUUCUGUUGGAAGAGGUUAUUUGACUUUGCAAGCACGACGAAUAUGCCCUCACACCAAGUUGACGUUGACCCUGAAUGGAUCGAUCUCGAUAAAAUCCGGAAUUGGAUAGAUGUGUGUGCUACAACACAUGGCGAAAGGUGUAGAAGAGCUUCAUUUCCCGAACCCGACCAUUCCUAUAAGCCCGACAUCUCUCGGGGACUUGAUACCUCUCAGGGCCCCGACACUUCCCAGCAGCUUCUUGGAUGGCGAACACUGAGACGAAGAUCACAUGUAAUGCCUGGAGGUCCAGCAUGGCUCAUUGACGUCCAAGAUGCAUGUGUCGUGGCAGCAAAAGCACAACGUUACAUUGCUUUGAGCUACGUAUGGGGUAAUGUCGAAGGGACUGAAGCAAGGCGAAGCAACUUGAACAUGCUUCGGCGUCGUGGUGCCUUAGGUAAACGAUCCGACCAGAUAAUCGUACCCAAGACCAUCAGGCAUGCAAUGGAGCUUGUCAGUCUCCUAGGAGAGAGAUAUCUAUGGGUUGAUCGUUUCUGCAUAUGCCAGGAUGACGCAGAAAGCAAACACUCCCAAUUGAGUUUGAUGGGCAACAUAUUUGAGGGGGCAUAUCUCACCAUUGUUGCUGCUAACGGAUGGGAUGCCAAUCAUGGCCUCAGAGGCAUCAAAGGGGUCACAGAGCCUCGUAAUGUGACCUCACAGCUCAUAGCGAGCCCGGAGUAUUCAAGCUAUGUAGACCGUACAAGGACGGCAUGGUAUUCCCGCGGAUGGACGUUUCAGGAAAUGUUGCUUUCACCACGCAAAUUGUUAUUUCUAUACCAAUUUGUGCUUUGGGAAUGUUCAGGCACGGUUUGGCACGAGUGGACUGGCGUCAUAGGAAACCCCCUAAGCCCUUCGAGCCCGACCAUAGCACCAUUUGUUGGGAAGCGUUCGUUGGAAGCGAAGCCCCUGCAACAAUACUUAGACUCUGUUCGCCAAUAUAAUGCCAGAGCGUUGACUUUCCCUGAAGAUGGGUUGAAUGCGUUUUUGGGGAUUACGACUCGAUUCACGGUCUGCUUCCCCGACGGGUUUUUAUGGGCCUUGCCCAUUGCGAUGUUUGAUAAGUCUCUCCUUUGGCAACCAGCUGAGGAUAUGACUCGGAGGCAGUCUAAACGGAGCGACUCUAUCCAGCUCCCGAGCUGGUCUUGGGUUGGAUGGCAAGGACUCAUCCAGCACGAUUACUGGGACAGCCAAGGACGAGCGAUCCAUUCGUACCCGAAAUUUAGGCCAAUGUGUAUAUUCGCAUAUACUGAUAAUAGAACUACAAAGACCGUGCAGGUGACGCCCAGCAUCCACUAUAUGGAACCCCUGGCCAGACAGCCCAGCCCGAUACUUACAGUACACGGUCCUGUGGCGAAAUGCAAACUGCAAGGCGGUGGCCAGAAUAUAGGUAUUGACGACCGAACUGCAGAAAUCAACAGCCAAACUUGGGGUUUCGGCUCCCCCGAGAGAAACAUCAGACUGUUCUUUAAAUGGAUUCGUGGGAUAGACUCUGGCGGCGAUGGACCCCUACGUGGGAUGAUGUUCAUGCCGUAUGGUCUAUUUUCCGUCACUGGAACGGUGGAGUGCGAGUUAUUGAUACUUUCAUCGACAAUCUCUCCGCUCUCUGAGGAACCGCUUUGGAAACACAUUGGUAGGUGUGAUCCACGUACGGUUGACCUCAAGAGUCAGGGUUUAUACGACUAAGCAAAAACCCUGCCUCACGACCACCCCCUAUCACGACCACCCCCCCUGCCUACUAAUUACCCAACUUCUGAAGCGAUUUUCUCAACGAAUACGUUAUUCGCGAUGCUUUUUUUGGUGUUUUCAAUUAGAUCUAUUGUUUCUGACCUUAAUAACCUCUUUUGUAUCGGUAUCCUUAUAUUUUAGAACGUAUCGAUCGGCAGCUUCGUUAAUAUAUAUUAGACGAUUGCGUAAUUUGCGUUUUACCUUUUAUAUAUACGUUAUACGAACGAAGUUAUCGUUAGAACCUAUUUUAAUUAAUUUUUACGUAACCUUAAUAUUUUUUUAAAGUUUAGCUUUUAACACUUUAAUUUUUAUUUAUAAAAAUGUAAUAAUUUUA